AUGGGUGACAACGUUAUCAAGUAUCCCCAGGGCGCUAUAGUCGAAGUGGAGGCGCAUAACGUGUUGCAGGUUACAACGGGUGACGUUUUACUAGUUAUAGCUGAGCAGACCGACCCCCAGUGGGUGUACUGCAGAAACCUUUUGGGGGCAGCAGGUUACGUCCACUGUAACCUGCUACGUUACAGCAGCAGUGGAUGCGACGACUACUGGGACGACACGUCUGAUACAUCAGAGUCACUAGAUGAAAGUGACGAAGGAAGCAUGAUGGAGGAUUUGGAUCAAAGUUCACUGCCGGACCUCCACGCCAGGAACUUCGCCAGGAUGAUGGAGAUCCUGAAGGCCUUAAAACACAAGGCCAUGGGAAGACAGGGGAAUGGUGAAGACGGGGUAAACGAAAAAGAAAUUAUUGAGCAAGGAAUAUCUGCACAAGAAAUAACGAGGGAUGAAUUGUUCGAUGGACAAACAAGAAAUGGCAGCGAAGAUAACAAAAACAGGGAUGAAGGCAAAGGAAACGAAAGGGGCUUUAGAAGGGCAUUGCAGUGCACGCCAAACAACGCCAAGAAGAUCGCUAAAAGUCUGUACGAACUCUCCGUGCGUUCAAAAAACAUGUGCACGAACUUCCUCAGGGAGUUCACGAUCAGCAAAUACGGAUAUGAGCCCUUGCCGUCUCUCACUAGUACUCCUGCUACUUCGCUGUCCGGCCGCUACAAGACAUCCACUAGUGGAAGCUACAGCCCCAACCCUUCCUCUAAUAAAAGUUACAGCCAUAACCCCACUAGGGCUAGAAAUAGCAUGUCCAACCUUUUCUCGGCUGAUCCACAAACCCAGGUUCCAGUAUAUCAAAGUCACCGAUCAAAAUAUAUACAAAAUUUUGACGAUGUCCCUAACCCUCCUCGGGCGGAGGAAUAUAACCCUCACCGUCAUCAGUUGCAAGACUACGACCCUAAUCCCUAUGGCUUGGAGGAAUAUAACCCAAACCCUCAUACCUCCCGCAACGACAAGUCUUCCCCCGCCUACGCCAACUGCCCAGCGGGUAACACCUUCUUGGCGGCGGGCUGCAGCGACCCCACGUCCGCCCCCGACCUCCCACGGGACGGAGCACUCCGCCCUCCAGGGCAUCAGAACUGGCGGCACAGCGGAGCUGUCAACCUAGACACUCUACAUACCGAAACCCAGCUGCAGCAGAAGUCAACUGAAAUUUCUGGAAAUAGUUUGAGCCAGCUUAAUCAUGUGCAGCUGCAGAACGAAGAAUGGUAUCACGGCACCAUAACACGGCAAGACAGCGAGGCGUUACUCGCGCUGUCCAGCGUGCCGUCCAAAAGUUUCCUUGUGCGCUUCUCGAGCAACACAAACUGCUACGUCAUCUCGUACAAGGAAAGGUCCCCUAUCUCCACCCCCAACAUCCACCACACCAACAUCAAGCAGCAGGGGCGACGCUACCACGUCUGGGGGAACCUAAGUCCAUUUGUAGUGCAGAGCGGAGUCAAGUCCAUUU